AGCAGGUAACGGCCCGGCCCCAGGCAGGGCCUCGCUCAAGCCUCUGGGCCGCCCGGUGCCGCCGUCCCUCAGCGCCGGCCCCUGCCCAGCUCGGGCCGCGCCGCCUCGCUCUCACUGCGGCUGGUGACUUUGUUAAGACGGGUUUUCCCCGACCGACCGUGAACCUGUUCUCUGUCUACACACGCUCCCUCGAUGAAUUCAUCCAGUCUCAUAAAGACCAACGAGCCCCUAAAGUGUGUCUCCAGCCCUGACCCUCCCCGGGACCUCAGACCCAAGUACUCAGAGGCCUGCCCACAUCUACGCUUGGAUGUCUAAGGUUUUUUGAAAUAUAUUCUUUCUUAAAAAGAGACCAAAACAUGUCAAAAAAUCCUGCCCUGGAAACAUCAUAAAUACUACAGUUUGAAGAACCCUCCACUCAGAACAUAUAGCAGAUCUUCAUAUAUCUUAGGAACGUUUCAUUAAGGACAGCAGGUUGUUAACUAUGUCUCUGGCUGGUCCAGCAGAAACAGACGUAGCCGGGCACCUCCCCAGUGUGGCAUUAGGACCCAGUAGGAUGGCUGCAGAGAGUGAGAGCAGCCUGGGUGCAGGUGACUGUCCCAGGGGCAGUUCCAGGUGUGCCUCCGAUAGGAGUGUUGACUAUAGCAGAUCUCAGUGUUCCUGUAGAAGUUUAAGUUCCUGCUGUGAUUACUCAGAAGACUUUCUCUCUGAAUGUUCGGAAACUGCUCUUAACAGAAAUUAUUUAGAGAAGCCUGCAAUAAAAGAAACGGACAAGAAGAAACAGUAUGUUUCUAAAAUCUCCCAAUCUAAAGUUAACAGGUGGCCUCAUUACAGAGUACCACGAUACUUGGAUCUCACUGGCUACUUGCCUUUCAUCUCAGCUGAAGAAUCAAGGAUUGAAUUGCCAAUGAAAUGUAAAAACCGGUUUCAACACCCCAAGAAGAAGGGCUCCAAGUCCGGCAAGAAGGAAAUCUCAGUUGAAAAAAAGCACAACUGGAAUGCACCACUUUUAAGUUCGCAAAACAAUACGAUUACCCAAAGAAGAGAUGCUAUGACUCAUCGCAUACUCUCAGCAAGGCUUCAUACGAUUAAGGAGCUAAAAAACCAACUAGGUGAUACACAUCGUAAAUUGGAAGCCACGGUCAUAGAAAACCAAUUUUUGAAACACCUUCAGCUUAGGCACUUGAAAGCUAUAGGGAAGUAUGAGAAUUCACAAAAUAAUCUACCUCAAAUUAUGGCAAAACAUCAGAGCGAAGUCAAAAAUUUGAGGCAGCUACUUAGGAAAUCCCAGGAAAAGGAAAGAAGUGCAUCUAGGAAACUUCAAGAAGCUGAUAGUGAGCUGCUGAAGACUAAAGACGCCUUACAGGCACUGCAGAAGCUUUCCGAAGACAAAAAUCUUGCAGAGAGGGAGGAACUUACACAAAGACUGUCUGUUCUUACAACAAAAAUGGAGGCAAAUGACAAAAAAAUACAGAGCUUGGAGAAACAAUUGAGGUUGAACAAUAGAGCCUUUAAUCGACAGCUGGCCAAUGAGAACGGGAAGAUGUUAGCAGCUCAGGCAGCUACAAAGACUCUGCAAAUGGAAAUAAAACACCUUCAACAAAAACUUAAGGAAAAGGACCGAGAGCUCGAAAUUAGAAAUAUCUAUACUAGUCGGAUACUUAAAAAUUUACAUGACAAAGAUUAUCCAAAAGUUUCUUCAACAAAAUCUGUACAAGCAGACAGAGGUUUUCCAUUGACAAGUAUGAAACACCAGGAAACCCAAAAAUCAGAAGAUGCUCCACCUUUGACGGCUAAGGGGAAGAAGACAACCAGAAACACUGGUCAUAAAGAAAAAUUGACUGAAAUAACCCAUGCGAUUCCUCGCUCUAUCAGCAAACUUCCAAAACAAGAGGAUUCCAAGAGAAAAUAUGAAGAUUUAUCGAAGGAAGAGGAACGUUUGGAAGUAGAACCACCUCUGGAGAAUACUGGAAGACCAAGAGAGAAGAAAGAUCAAGAGAAGAGACCCGCUUUGGUGAAAGAAUGGGAACUGCCACCACCAAGGACUGAAGUAAGUCCUCCCGAGAAGGAGGGCAAGCGGGAAGACGCAGCCCAAGGGAAGUUCACAGGCAGCCUCCAGAUAAAUGACACGGAUGAGACGCCUGAUAAAACUGCUGCGGCCAGUAUCAAAGCGCCCUUGCGACCGAGAAAGCACUACUCCUUCACGGAAGCCACCGAGAACCUGCAUCUCGGGCUCCCGGCCUUGGGCGGGCCGGCGGGCACAGGCGGGCCGCGAGGCAGUCUCAGCGCGGGCAAGCCGCACGGGAGCGCGGGCCCUGGGCCAGAGCACGCGGUGAGCGGGUACGAGCCCUCCUUUGGCAAGUCUUCCCGAACAAAGGCCAAAGACACGUUCAGGGAUAAGAAAAGAAGUCUAAUGGAGGAACUCUUUGGGUCGGGCUACGUCUUCAAACACGACCAGGCCUGCACGGCUGCCCCUCCACAGCUCGAGGAGACGCCGGAAAGUAAGAUGCACCAUCUACCCCCCGGCCAGGCCUCCGCCAGCAACGCUUUCAGAGAUUCUAAAGUAACUGUGGUAAAUUCUAUUAAGUCAUCUUCACCUCCGGAAGGAAAAAGAAAGAUCAUUAUUUAAAUACAGUCAGCAUCCUACUACAUUCUGAUUGGGUAUUCUCGUUCUUGCGGGCCUUUAAAUCUGAUCACGCUAGGGGGUGUGUGUGUGUGUUUCAGUAUUUCAAUGGACUUUGGAUAAUUAAGGUUUUAUUAUAACCUAAUUCCAAAAAUCCGUUGUGUUAUAGCCAAUGAUGACAUUUCAAAUACAAAAUUCUAUCUUUUUUUUUUUCCUACAAUGAAAACAUGUCCAUGAUCUUUGGGAAGACUCCUUUCUUCCAUGGCUUUAAUAUCCUGUGGGACCCCACGCACGGUUCGUAAGUCCAAGUCAGUCAGCCAAGAUGCACACAUCUCGUAUACGGAGGAAUGUUCACAGCAAUCAAAUUGUGUUUUAACCAAAAAACACGGAAGCAGCUUUGAAAGGGAACAAUAUGAUCAGAAGACUAUUAAAAAAAAAAAAACCCACAGUGUGGUUUUAUCAAAAUUAUUUUUGAGUGUUCGAUUCAGCUAAACCACCUUGUGAUGACACUCUCCUCGUGUACACCCGAGAUCCACUUUUUAUUUCUCUUUGUUACAUACCUGUCCCAUGUCCUUUUUUCUGUUAAUCUUGCUAUAAAAGAGCAUAUGGAAUAGUGUCCCCUCAAGCGAGCGGCUCCAUCCUGAGAGCUUCAUUACAUAUUAGGACGAGAUGGGCUGUAGGCCCCACGUUAAUCGGUUUACUUACCUUCAUCUACUUUUAAGGGCAACUUAUUGAUAAUAUGGACCACAUUAUUUCCAAAGAGCUUUAUGGACUGGUGUGCAAUAUUAUCACUUUAAAAAACUAAGAGUUGGGAUCCCUGGGUGGCGCAGCGGUUUAGCGCCUGCCUUUGGCCCAGGGCGCGAUCCUGGAGAUCCGGGAUCGAAAUCCCACGUCGGGCUCC